AGCUCGUAAACAACCUAAUUAUUAUUUAUUUAUUUUUUAAUGAAAAAAAGUUGUUUCAAAGUAUUAUUUCCAAACUUUAAAGCUCUAAAUUAUAAUAAUGUCUUUUAAAGACUCCUUUGGUGAAACGAUAGAGGAAUAUGAAAUUUUAAACUUGCUUGGUAAGGGAGGCUUUGCUUGUGUUUACAAAGCAAGAUGCAAAAAUACUAAUCUGUUCGUUGCUAUAAAAAUGAUCAACAAAAAACUGAUGCAAGCAGCUGGCAUGGUAGAUCGUGUACGUCAGGAAGUAUCAAUACACUCUCGACUGAAACAUUCUUCUAUUUUGGAGCUUUACACAUUUUUUGAGGAUUUCAAUCACGUUUAUUUAGUUCUGGAAUUAGCUCAUAACGGCGAGCUACAGCGAUUUUUAAAAGAUCAUAAAAAGGUCUUAACAGAGUCUGAAGCUGCCGAAAUUAUGCAGCAGGUUGUUUCUGGUCUUCUCUAUUUGCAUUCUCAUAAAAUAUUACAUAGAGAUAUGUCAUUAUCUAAUUUACUUCUUACUAAAGACAUGCAAGUAAAAAUUGCUGAUUUUGGAUUAGCCACACAGCUUGCACGACCUGACGAAAAGCAUAUGACAAUGUGUGGUACCCCAAAUUACAUCUCACCAGAAGUUGCAUCAAGAUCAUCACAUAGCUUGCCAGCCGACAUUUGGGGCUUAGGUUGUAUGUUUUACACUUUACUUGUUGGCCGACCUCCGUUUGAUACUGAAGGAAUAAAGUCCACGUUAAAUAAGGUUGUUUUAGCCGAAUACGAUAUUCCGAACUUUUUAUCAAAUGAAGCUCGAGAUUUAAUUGACAAGUUUUUAAAGAAGAACCCUGCUGAAAGAAUUAAAUUAGAACAUGUACUGCGUCACCCCUUUUUUUUAAAGCAUCAAAAACUUCAAAGCUGUGACACUUUCAAAAAUUCCGUAGCUUUGAGUGAUAGUGGAAUCAAUACUUUCUCCAGUGAAAGAAGUCAUCGCUCUACUAGGUCCAGAUCAGCAGACAGAUUCGGGGACUUAAAAGGCGAUUAUAGAAACGAGAAAGAAGUUCACCCAAGACAUAUCCAUCCAAGUUUUGGGUUGGAUCACCAACUUCAUCAGGACAAAAAAGAGACCCAAGAUUUCAUUCUUAAUUCAUUGCAUAAUGAAUGUUGCACUACAACGAAACAAACAAUGGAUCAUCAGUUUUGUACAGAACAGAGUUCUAAACUUUUAUUUGAUAUUCCUAACAGUAAUUCUUCACAAAACUCCUAUAAGUUCUUAGAAGACGUAAAAUAUCAAAAAAGUAUUCUUGACGAUGGUUACAGUAGCAAUAGUAUAAAUCACAAAUUAUUUACAUUUAAAGAAGAGGAAUAUAAGGAGAACCUUUUCCAUAAAUAUGAAAACCAGUUGGAUAAUAUUCAAGUUCUAUGUGAAGAUAACUUGUUUAAAAAAAAUCUAUGUGAAAUAAAUCAUGACAACAAGGUUUCUGAUGCUGAUCAAAUAGAUAAUCAUAAUUUUUUAAUAAGUGGUCCAGCUUUUAGAGGACUUAAAGAAAACUUUGAGGCGAAAAUACCAGUUCCACAUUUAUCAACAGAACGACUGCAGCAAACAAGGCAUAAAACUAAAAAUGCUGUUAUGAGUAUAACAGAGGACGGUGAAGUUGUUAUUGAAUUUUUGAAAUAUAAACGUAACAUUCAUGAAGAAAGGGUAAUAGAUGUUUGCUGGAUAUCAAGUGAUGGAAUGAGGAUAAUUAUUUAUCAACCGAACGAAGGAAGGGGUAUACCUGUGUUGGAUAAACCUCCUCCGAAAUCAUUUUCAAAUGGUACAAAAGAAACUUAUAACUACAAUGAAUUACCAUCAAAGCAUUGGAAAAAAUACAUUUAUGCUGCACGAUUUGUAAAUCUCGUCAAAAGAAAAACUCCAAAAGUAACUUUCUACAAUUCUGAAGCCAAAUGUCAGCUUAUGGAAAAUUUGGAAACUUUUGAGAUGUUUUUUUGCAAUGGUGCUAAGAUAAUACGAUCAGAAAAUGAUGUAAUAAAAUUAACUGAUGAGCAUGGAUUGGACUUUAAUAUUGAUUAUACGCAUAUACAUAAUCCUGAUAUAAAACGGUUACUUAAACAGUAUAACACGUGUUUUAAUCACUGCAAAUAUAUCGAAAGAGUUUUAAGUCAAAUACCCGGGACUGGAGCGUGCUUUCCUGUAAUUAUUGGUAGGAAAACAUAUGUGGAACUAAGGGGAUCAUCUGGAAAUGUAAAAGAAAAUUCAAAUAUAUAUCAAACACCCAAAUCACGUGACAUAUCAUCAAUUGAUUUUACAAUGAGUGCAUCGUCAUCUCUCCAGUCAACGGUAUCAACAAGCCGGAAGCCUUUCAAUUCAAACAUACCAAUCAAAAGUUCGAACAUUCCAGGAAUUGGAAGGGCAGUACAGUUGUCGCAAGGAGUUGUGGAAAUACAAUUCUAUGAUUCAACAAAAUUAUCAGUUAUUCCAACAAGCAUAGGUGGUGGCAUUACUUUUACGAACUCAAAUGGUUCUAGUACGCAUUAUGCAAAUGUUGAAAAUCUUCCAAAAUUAGUUAGAGAAAAGUAUUCAAAUGUGCCUACCGUUAUAAAACAUUUAAAAUGCAACGAAACCAAAGUUGUUGUAAGCGAUUACAAAAUUAAACAUUUGAGAUAGUUGCAAUGAAAAAUUUAUUGACACUAGUUUAUAGAAAAUAGAGAUGACUAGGUACACCAGGUUUGCUAUUUAGUGAUAACAAAUUUUGAAAUAUGUACAAUACUUUCAUAUUUUUAUAUUUUAUCAUUAGUUUAUAUUUUUCAUUAUUUAUUUUCAUU